AUGUCAACGCCACCAUUACGACUAUCAAGUGGUGGCACCACUUCGGUGGCAGCACUUUUGCUGCUCCAGCUGACAUUGCGCACAGUUGUGGUUAACGGUUUUGGCAUUAAUUUAAUGCAGGUACGCGACGAGGACAAGUCCCAGGCAGCAUGCACCUUGGCCCUGCUACAAAAAUACUUCAACUCCGGAGAUACACUCUCCGGUGCCGUGCUCUGCGUGAGUGUCACACCCUAUAGUCGCGAUAUUCAGGAGCAGCUGCUGCGUGAGUUUAACAUUCAGCCGGAUUGUCCAUGGACCAUUUUGGUGACGCACACAAAAACUAACUUCGAUGGGCAGCAAGUCAUGCAAGUGAAGCCACAAGGCUAUUUUUUGGUAGUGGACAAUCUGGACGAUGAGGAUUUGGAUGAGACGCUGGCACACUGGAAGGGCAUGCUCAACUGGAACCCGUUGGCACAGUUUGUGGUGUAUUUGGCUUCUGUGGAGGAGACAGACGAAGAGAUGACCGACUUGAUGGUCGAGAUACUCUUGAGCUUCAUGAACAACCAUCUCUACAAUGUGAAUGUGAUCGGGCAGAGUGAUGAAAACAGUUUUUACUCUGGCAAGACAGUCUUUCCAUAUCAUCCGGAUAAUAAUUGUGGUAAUCGUGUGAUUGCCGUAGAGUUCUUGGAUUCAUGCAGCUAUGAAGAAGCUGAGGAGGAUGACGAUUCCAGCAGUGAACUCGACAACGAAGACACAAAUUUUGAAGACGAAAUCGAGAACGAGUUUAUUCAAGACAAUGGAGAAGCGGAAUCGGAAUACGGGAAUAAUGAUGAUGGGCCAACUGAAAACAGAGAAAAUGAAAAUAGUGCAACUACAGUCGAGGAAGCGGAAUAUGUCAAUGAGGUGGAACCUGCUGACGAAAAUGCAGAUGAAUAUAAUGAUACCACAAUUGUGGAUAUGAACUCUCAUGCUACUGCCCGGGCUUUAGGCCUAACGACAAAUGAGAAUAGUAGCUUUAAAAUGGACAGUCAAGAAAACGAGGGCACCAAUAAAACAUCCAAAUCGGAUCAACCAGAAAUAAAAGUCAAAGAAUAUGUACGUGCUAGAUUUGAAGAUAAAUUCCCCCGUGAUCUGAGCGGCUGUCCCAUUAGAGCUGGUUAUCGUGGUCCAUGGGAGCCGUAUAUAUUCCCCAUUAGCCAGGCGCCAUUAGUAGGCCCAGCCUAUUACGAGACAGGCGGAGCGGGUAACGAGACCGCUCCGAGCUACGACUAUAAUGAUGAAAUGCAAGAAGAUUAUAACAACGCAGAAGAUGAAAUGCCAAAUACCAAUCAAGUCGAUGAAUCGGUUGGCUUGUCAACGCUAACUGGCAUCGAGUAUCAACUAACGCAGACCAUUGCCCAGCGACUCCAUGUGAGUAUCGAUUUCACCACCAAGAGCAGCAAUGUAUUCCAUCUGUUCCAGCAGCUAAUCGAGGGAAAAAUCGAAAUGAUUGUGGGCGGCAUCGAUGAAGAUCCCAAAAUCAGUCAGUUUGUGUCCAGUUCCACACCAUAUCAUCAGGAUGAGCUCACCUGGUGCGUGGCGAAGGCAAAGCGCCAGCAUAGCCUAUUCAACUUUUUGGCCAGUUUUGAUGCCGUUGCUUGGCUAUUGUUGCUGCUGACCAUCGUAGUCAAUUCUUUGGGCGUGGUGAUGGUACAGCACAUCUCCGGCUUUAAGCUGAAGAGUGUGCGCAACUAUCUGUCCAUCUGCAUACGCAUGCUGGGCAUUUUGGUCACCCAGGCCAUUAAUGUGAAUGCCCAAGCAAUGCCAAAUGCUUUGCGCUUGCUACUGCUUAUGGCCUUCAUUCUGGCCUUCUUCUUCAGCAACACGUAUCAAAGUGUUCUGAUCAGCACACUAACCACUCCGACGACACAAGCCCAAAUUAGUGAACUGGAGGAGAUUUAUAGUGAACGCAUGAGGAUUUUGAUCAGCUCCGAGAAUGUGAGGCAUCUCAGUAAAGAGGGUGAGACCUUCAAGUAUAUACGUGAAAAUUUUGAGGUGUGCGUAAAUAUUGUGGAGUGUCUCAAUAAUGCCGCGGACCAAGAAAAUGUUGUCGUUUCCGUGUCCAGGCAACAUGCCUUCUACAACGCCCGAAUUCAGCGAGAUCGCCUAUAUUGCUUUGAUCGUAAGGAAUCCUUAUAUGUCUAUCAGGUGUCUAUGCUGCUCCCCAAGAAAUAUCAUCUGCUGCACCACAUCAAUGCGGUUAUACAGCACGUCAUCGAGUCGGGACACAUGCAGAAGUGGGCACGUGAUUUGGAUAUGGUGCGAAUGAUUCAGGAGAAGAUCACAGGUGUGCAGGAGGAUGCCUUCAAGGCGCUGACACUGGGCGCAUUUCACGGUGCCUUUGCAUUUGCCAGCGUCCUUACACUGCUGGCCGGCGGUGUCUUUAUCCUGGAAUGUGUGGUGUAUUUACUGGUGGUUAAGUGGCGCACACGCCUCAGGGUACUACGUUGCAUACAUCGUCGCUUUGGACGCUUCUAAGAAAAAAAGAGGGAAAAUUACGCAUACGCAUAGUGCAACCUUUCACAUGACGAAAAGCGCCACUGAUUGGAAAAUACA